AUGAGUGGGAAUUCUGACGGUGACGGCGCGGCGGCAGGCACGGUGGCGGUGGCGGUGAAGAGCUCCGCCGGGAGAGGAAGCCAGCGUGCUGUUCAGUGGGUGGCUGAUAAUUUGAUGCAGAAAGCCGAUGGGUUUGUGCUGGUUCAUGUUAUGCCUACUGUAACUACAGUCCCAACUCCGUCAGGAGAGAGGAUUUCCAUUGAAGAUCUUGAUGCAAAGAUAGUGAGACUAUAUGUACAUGAUGCAAAGGAAGAAUGCAAAAAGAAAUUUGUGCCAUUUGCAAGGUUACUGAGAAAAAAAAAGGUGGAAAUAUUAGUGCUUGAGGGGGAUAGUCCUGCAUCAGUUCUCCUAAGAUACAUUUCAGAUUCAAGAAUUUCAACUUUAUUGGUUGGCUCCUGUUCUGCCAGUUACAGUUGCUUUAAGAGGAAGCCAAAAAGCUCGUUAGUGCCAUCAAUUGUCAGAAAAAAUGCUCCCCUAGGUUGCCAUGUUCUUGUUGUGUCCAGAUAUGGAGUUAGAGAAAAUAUGCCAAGACCCUCGUUAGCUAAUGGCUCUAAGGAGUUUCUGUUAACUAAAGAAGGCAAAGAUUCUCAGAUGAUCAGCAAGGAAUUACCUUUAACAGGUUCAUUCUCAGUGGAGUCGAGAGUUGAUAAUAACUUCGAAUUAUCAUCAACCUCUGAUCUCAGCGGCCCAAAGUUUCAUGCUUCUCUUCAUCAUCGUCAACAUACAGGGGAGAACUUUUUAAAUAGUGAAAUAGUCAAGAGUAACUCUCAGAAAUCUACAAACUCCAAAAAGUCAAAUAUUGAGGCUGAAGUAGAACAGUUGCACCAAGAAAUACAAAGCACCCUUUCCAUGUAUAACCAAACUUGUGAAGAUCUAGUUUAUGUCCAAAAGAAGGUUAACUUGCUUUCUCUUGAAUGCCUUGAGGAGGAAAUGAGAUUGGAUGCUGCAAAAAGAAGACAAGAAAGUCUUCGGAAAGUUGCUGCUGAAGAAAAAGAGAAGCAUUUGGAAGCCGUAAAGGAGAUUGAAAUGGCAAAAAAUCAGUAUGCUAAGGAAGCUAAUGAGAGGCAGAUAGCAGAGUCUAUUGCCCUCAAGGAGUUCUCGGAGAAGCAGAAAAUUAUUGAGGCGCUAUUUUCAGGUGACAAAAGGUAUAGAAGGUACAGCGCAAAAGAAAUUGAGGAGGCCACUGGUGUUUUCUCCGAGGAAAAAGUUAUAGGUUCAGGGGCCUAUGGGAAAGUUUACAAUUGCCACCUUGACCAUACUCCAGUAGCCAUCAAAAUUCUUCAAUCUGAUGCAUCCAACAAAAAGGAUGAGUUUCUGAAAGAGGUUGAAGUUCUUAGCCUGCUGCGUCAUCCCCACAUAGUUUUACUUCUUGGUGCCUGCCCAGAACUUGGUUGCUUGGUGUACGAAUAUAUGGAAAAUGGCAGCCUGGAAGACUAUCUAUUUCCAGAAAAUAGCCGAUCACCCCUUCCAUGGGUGGUCCGCUUCCGGAUAGUCUAUGAAGUAGCCUGUGGUCUGGCAUUUUUACAUAACUCAGGACCAGAGCCAAUUGUCCAUCGAGAUCUUAAGCCAGGAAACAUACUGUUAAAUAAAAACUACGUUGCCAAAAUCGGUGAUGUGGGAUUGGCCAAAAUCAUUUCAGAUGUGGUACCUGAUAAUGUAACAGAAUACAGAAAUUCUAUGAUUGCAGGUACCUUUUGCUACAUGGAUCCGGAAUACCAAAGGACAGGCACUCUCAGACCGAAAUCUGAUGUUUAUGCUUUAGGAGUUAUAGCUCUUCAGUUAUUGACAGCUACUCAUCCUAAUGGUAUAAUACAUAAAGUUGAAAAGGCCAUUAGAACUGGCUCAUUCUAUGAUAUACUUGAUAAAUCAGUUCCAAACUGGCCACUGGCUCAAGUGGAGGAACUUGCUCAAGUGGCUCUGAAAUGUUGUAAGCUCAGGUGCAGAGACCGGCCUGAUCUUGAGACAGAGGUGUUGCCAGUGUUGAAAAGACUUGCUGGAUUUGCGGAUGCCACCAGAAGAGGGGACACCAACAAAUUUCCUGCACCAAGCCACUACUGCUGCCCGAUUCUUCUGGAAUUAAUGCAGGAGCCAUACAUUGCAGCUGAUGGUUUCACGUAUGAGCGACUUGCAAUAGAAACAUGGCUUUCUCGAUGUGACAUAUCCCCAGUGACAAAGCGUAAAAUGCCAAAUAAAGUGCUCACACCGAACCACAUACUGAGUUCUGCCAUUCAAGACUGGAGGUCUCAUGUCCCCGCCUGA